CUCUCUGGACUGGUAUCGCACCUUAGUGCCAGGGGGAGGAGGGAAGGAGAGGAAAAUACUGGCGCCCAUUCUCUCCCCCACCGCCUUGAAGCAGAUUUGAAGAGCUGCCCUUCUUCCCCCCCUCCCCCCUUCCCGCUGGUCCUUUGGCAUCUUCCAGACCAUGUCCACUGGGUCCCUCAGUGAUGUGGAAGAUCUGCAGGAGGUGGAGAUGCUGGAGUGCGAUGGCCUGAAAAUGGAUACUAACAAAGAGUUUGGGGCGUCCACCGAGAGCAACGAGGAGGGAUCCAAUGGCGAGAACGGCUCCCCUCAGAAGGGGAGAGGGGCCUCGGGCAAGAGGAAAAAAGCUCCCCCCAAGAAGAGCCCGUUAAAUGGAGUGAGCCAGGAGGGAAAGCAGGUCCAGAGAAACGCUGCCAACGCCAGGGAGAGGGCGAGGAUGAGGGUCCUUAGCAAAGCCUUCUCCAGGCUUAAGACCACCCUGCCCUGGGUGCCCCCAGACACCAAGCUUUCCAAACUGGACACACUGAGGUUGGCCUCCAGCUACAUCGCUCACCUGAGGCAGAUCCUGGCCAAUGACAAGUAUGAAAAUGGCUACAUCCACCCAGUCAACCUGAAGCUCGCCUCGCUUGACCACCUUCACCUAGCUGCGGUGGAUGCGUUUCUGUACGAGGGCGCCGGGUGGCAGCGCUGCCGCACGCUGCUGCGAGACCGGCCUAACAGGGAAGCAAAUCCGGUGUUAACCAGCGAUUCUGUCACUAAUGGACUCGCAGCCGAUUUUAAGUGA